AUGGCUUUAGUCUUUAGAACAGCAAUGCAAUCGGUUGGGCUCUCACUAUCUCUGCUGGGAUGGGUUUUAUCUAUUAUUACAACUUAUCUGCCACAUUGGAAGAACUUGAACCUGGACCUGAACGAGAUGGAAAACUGGACCAUGGGGCUCUGGAAAACCUGCGUCAUCCAGGAGGAAGUGGGCAAGCAGUGCAAGGACUUUGACUCCUUCCUGGCUUUGCCAGCUGAACUCAGGGUCUCCCGGGUUUUAAUGUUUCUGUCCAAUGGGCUGGGGCUUCUGGGCCUGCUGCUCUCAGGGUUUGGCCUGGACUGCCUGAGGAUUGCGGAGAGACAGCAGGACUUCAAGAAGCGACUGCUCAUCCUGGGAGGAAUCCUGUUGUGGACCUCAGGAGUCACGGCUCUGGUUCCGGUUUCCUGGGUGGCUCACAUGACGGUCCUGGAGUUCUGGGAUGAAAGCAUCCCUGAGAUUGUCCCCAGGUGGGAGUUUGGGGAAGCCCUGUUCAUUGGCUGGUUUGCUGGAUUUGCUCUUGUGCUAGGAGGGAGUGUGCUUCAGUGUGCAGCGUGCUCAGCCCCAGCUCCUCUACCUUCGGCCCACUAUGCAGUGCCAGAAAUGCAAGAUCACUGUCCACAGCUGGAAAAUGGAACUGCAGAUGGUAAAGUGUAA